AUGGAAGCUUUUCAAUUACUUUCUCGAGGGGGGCUCAAUUUUGAUAAAAAGAGAUUCAAGAACGACGUGAGACUAUUCCAGGGCUCUGCCUCUAUCUCAGUCGACAAAGAUACCCAAGAAACUGAUGGAUCUGAACUACCGGCGGAACUAGACUUCUUUAAGUAUGCCCAAGGUGGCAGCACUAGUAAAAGAAAAGCACCCAGCAAGGAGACAGCUCAAAGCAAGAAACGCAAGCUCUCGCCAGGACCUGACGAAGCGGCAGCCCAAUCUUUGGUAGCCAAGCAGCGCGUCACAGCGAAGGGUUCAGAGGUUCCUCAAGCUGUUGAAACAUUUGAGGAACUAGGCGAACGAUACGGCCUAUCCAAUCAACUCCUCUCCAAUUUAUCAAAGAAUGGGUUCUCAACACCGACUGGUAUUCAAUCCCAUGGGGUACCUAUUUUGCUUAAUUCUCGAGACCUUGCUGCCAUAUCACCAACUGGUACCGGAAAAACCAUCGCCUACUUGCUCCCAAUAUUAGGAGCUUUGAAAACUCCUAACGGGAAAGCAGAUGGAAGUGGUGUUCGUGCUGUGAUUGUCGCCCCUACACGAGAACUUGCGCAUCAAAUCCAUAACGAGUGUCUAAAGCUCGCUGAGGGUCGUAAAUGGAGGAUUGUUUUGUUCAGCAAAGCCACGGCCAGCACAUUGGCUGACAAAAGCGUGAGGGAUAAAAUCGACAUCAUCAUCAGCACCCCACUGCGUCUUGUAGUGUCGCUGCAAGCUGGGACCCUCGAUCUCAAAAAUGUUCGACAUCUUGUCCUCGACGAAGCCGAUCGCCUGCUUGACGCCGAAUUCUUGUCGCAAACACAGGAGAUCGUCGCCGCAUGUUCUCGUACGGAUAUCCAAAAGGCCGUUUUCAGUGCUACCUUACCUGCGGGCGCGGAAAAAAUUGCGAUGGAGAUGCUCCAUAACCCUAUACGAGUGGUCGUCGGUCUCAAAGAUACGCCAUUGCCCUUGAUUACACAAACACUUACAUAUGUUCGAGACGACCAUUCCAAGCUCCCCAGUCUCCUCCAAUACCUAGCGCAGCCAUACAACCCCCCGCUGCUCGUCUUUACCUCCACUCAGCCUCGAGCAUCGUCAUUAGCAGAGGAACUCGUAUUGAAUAACAUUCCGAACGUGGACUGCCUCCACGCGGGCAUGACGAAGAAGGAACGAGAGGACGCCAUGUCUCGUAUGCGGAAGGGGGAGAGCUGGGUGAUGAUCAGUACAGAAGUUAUGGCUCGUGGCAUGGAUUUCAAGGGCGUGCGAGAGGUUAUCAACUAUGAUUUCCCUACUAGUGUGCAAAGUUACGUCCACCGAAUAGGUCGUACUGGGCGAGCUGGCCGCGAAGGAAAGGCCGUCACAUAUUUCACAGACGACGAUGCACCGCACCUGAAAACCAUUGCCAACGUACUGCUACAAUCGGGUUCAACAGUGCCUGAAUGGAUGCUCAAGUUACCAAAGCCCUCGAAAAUGAAGAGGAAGUCCAUGGGGAAAGUCAAACGAGCCGAGGUAGUGAACUCUGCCAGAAAAAUAGGACGGAACGAUGCAAUCAAGAAGAGGGAUAUGGUUGCCGGUUCCAAAAGGCGAGCAAAGAAACCCGCUGCAAAGGAUGAGUCAAAAGCAGACUAG